AUGACAGAGAAGCUGGACCACGGCCCCAAGGUCAUGUCCCGUCAAUGCCGGCACGAAAUCCGACUUCUCACGCUUCUUCCACCUCGACACGGCGAUGCAAAUAUACAUUGCACCCUUUCACACGCCGUACUCAACACCUUAUCAGAGAAUCCCAAGUACGAGGCCCUAUCGUAUGUUUGGGGGGAGCCCGAUUUCUCGGAGCCGAUAAUUCUCAAUAAUCACACUUUCUUCAUCACACCAAGCCUGAGAUACAUUCUAUCAUGCCUGAGGCAAAGAGAUGACCAGCCCCGAGUUAUUUGGGUUGAUGCGAUUUGCAUCAAUCAGUCAGAUGUCGAGGAGCGGGGUCAUCAGGUCGCUCUCAUGCGCGAAAUCUACUCAAAUUGCGAGCAAGAUAUCGCCUGGCUUGACCCGAUGAUCGGCAAAGAUGUCAAGGCUCGUGAGCUUUACAGCCAUCCCUAUCUUGACGAAGAAGAAGAAUGGGUGCAAAAGGGCAUGGACUUGAUGCGUGAAAUAGCCGAGAAGAAUCCACAGACUCUAAAAGAACUGCAAGAUCGGGCCCGAGAAGGCUAUCGUCUCCUCACGGACUCACAGCUCGUUCUCGGUGCCGUGUUCAGGCAGCCAACACUCUGGAGCCGGCUGUGGGUCAUGCAGGAGCUCUCUCUGGCCCCGCGGUUGACGCUCAUGUCUCGAAAUGCUGAGCUAAACUGGGAUGUCUUGAAAAGCCUCUUCAAAGACGAGCCAUACUUUGACGCGUUCCACAUGGGCCGCGAGAGUAGUCAUUCUCUCUUAUAUUACAAGGACUUUAGUGAAGUGUUCGUCCCCAUCAAACUGAUCGAGGACCAACGCCGCCUCAUGUCACAGGAUAUCCUGGCCACCAAAGGCACCAUUCUUGGAACAGUCGCACCUGUUCUACAGGAUGACAGACGCCUUGAAGCGUUCGAUGUCAUGAACCUUUACCUUGGCAAGGAAGCACUUGAGCAACCCCAAGAGCAUCUCUAUGCCCCAAAAGUCGGCGGUAAAGAGAUAUCAACAGGCGAGACUGCCAUUCGUGCAUUCUGGCGAACGAUGGUAAAGGAUUGCACGCUCCCCCCAAGAAUGCGUCGGUUGAGACAAACCGAGAUUGAGAGGUUGGACGUCGAAAACCAAGAGCAGUUGAAAACUGAAUGGAGCCCCCUACAGACAUAUCGUUUACACUUUGGCAAUAAAUACUCAAGAUCUGCAUUCAGUUAUCAGCCCGCCGACGACGAGGAUCUCACUAAGCUUGACAUCGAGGGCCAAAUCUCACAUCAUUACAGCCCUGGUAGCUUCAUGUUCGCGGUCACGGAUAAUGGACUCUUUCUAGCAACGCGCUUUGCUGCGAAGGAGGGUGAUGUGGUGGUUGUUCUUGAUGGGGGAAAGGUACCCUUGACGUUACGCAAGGUUGAACCCAGAGAUGGUGCUGAGGGUGAGGUGUAUAUGGUUGUUGGUUCAACCUACGUGCAUGGUUUCAUGGACGGUGAGGCGGAGGCUGGUGUCACUGAAGCUUGGUUGCAGAAGCGGGAGAUUCUGAUCGCGUGA